ACUCUACUUAACACAUACACAAAAAGUCAAACUGACUUCCCAGUACUACCAUAGUGCAAAACAGACAACCAAGAUGGGGCGCAGUGGCAUGUAAGACAACUCAGUCUAUCGUGAAUUUAAGAUUAGGGGUGAAGAAGUGACUAGUUAGCAAAUUGGCACGUUGACCAUGGAUGAGCCAGACACCGUCGCAAUCCUCGACCACGUCCUCGGUCCUGUCCCUGAGACCGAUGAUCAGGAAACUUCGGAGAUAUGCGCUAAUACCGAAGUAGGCUCUGCGUACUCCUCAAAGCCUCCGUUUUCGUGUUUGAAACCUGUUACUGUGGAACCUGUGCUCUUCUUCUCUACAUUUUCAAUAGCUUUACAAGGGCCGUUGUUCACUCAAUAUUUGUGGGACCGUAUAAGCGAGGACCUUGGCUAUAACAGCUCCAAGAGGUCAGAGUGCAACAGCUCUCUGCCGGUCGACCCUUUGCAGAAGGAGGUAGAGACAUUAGUCGCCCACUGGAAUUUAUACAUCAAUCUUGGAGGACUUUCGCUGGGCCUGUUGGUGGUGCCAUUCCUAGGCUCCUGGAGUGACAAGGCUGGGCGCAGGCCGCUCCUUAUCAUCCCUAGCAUGGGACUGGCUCUAGAGACAUUGGUUUACCUGGUGGUUAUGUACACAAGGCUACCUGUGGGGUACUUUUUACUGGGCAGAAUGAUCAGUGGCAUAUCUGGUGAUUUCAACUGCAUCUUGGCCAGUAGCUUUGCAUACAUAGCGGAUAUAAGUGACAAAAGAGCCCGCACCUUCAGAGUUGCUAUCUUGGAAUCUUGCUUAGGAGUCUCUGGGUUGCUGGCCAGCAUUAUUGGAGGCCAGUGGAUGAGAGCACAAGGGUACAUCAACCCAUGCUGGCUGGUCCUGGCUACAAGACUGGCUUCAGCUCUCUACAGUUACUUUUUUGUUUGUGAAUCUGUGCCAAUAGACCCCUCUGUAAGGCUCUUCAGCACCAGCCAUCACAAAGCACUCUGGAAGCUGUACUCCACUGGGGGGAGUCAAAGCACUGGCUGCUUUCACAAAUACAAACUGUGGCUUUAUACAUUUUGCUUCUUUAUUGUGGUAGGUGUUCACUCUGGCUGUAGAGAACUUUAUGUUUUGUUUGAAUUGAGCUCUCCAUUGUGCUGGGGGUCAGAGCUCAUUGGCUAUGGAUCAGCAGCUCUACAUCUGGCCUACCUAAGCAGUCUGCUGGGGCUGAAGAUCAUGACACGUUGCCUGGAGGACUCCUGGGUGGCUCUGGUGGGGCUGAUCUCUAACAUCACUGGCUUGUUGGUCUUCUCUGCUGCAAACACCACGCCGCUAAUAUUCACAGGCUAUGGUCUGUUGUUCUUUUUUAUGACAACAACUCCUGUGAUUAGGUCAAAGCUGUCCAAAUUGGUUGAUCCAUUAGAACAAGGAGCACUAUUUGCAUCUAUAGCCUGUGUGGAAACUAUGUGUUCUAUGGUAGGAAGCAGUGUCUUCAACUCCCUUUUCCCAGCCACUUUGCACUUUAUGAAGGGGUUUCCCUUUCUAUUUGGGGCCAUCAUGCUGUUGAUUCCUUCUGGUAUUAUCUGCACACUGAAGUAUCUGGACCAAAGAAGACAUGAGCAACCUGACAGAAAUUGAAUAAAUGAGGUUACGUGUUGAUAUGCUGACAUCUGUAU